CACGAACAUCAUCCAUAAGCGACAUCGACAGUUCGACCUCGUUUCAAAACAGCAUUUUCAACUCGCCUGGGUUCCCAAUCCAGCAUCCCCGCCUCGAUUCCCGUCCGGCCCCCGCCAUCCACAGCGUCCAUGAUUGUGACGUCGCAUCGCCUUUGCACGAGCUCCAUCUUCCACAAUGGCCGCGGCCGACGUUUUGGCGUUCACAGAAAGCUGGAUAGGAAGCGGAUAUGGCUGGUCAACGAUCCAGCAUUCGCCGACUGGGUGGGAUGAGCGAUCUCUGCGUGUCCAGCUAGGGACAAUUGCCCAUGCAUGGAUUGCGCAGAGCUCUCGCAGGCAGAGCCUCCCGACCUCUUCUUCACAUCAUCGACAUGUGGCCGCGAAGGCCCUGAUCAUCCCUGAUUUGUCCCCGAAAUGGUUGCGCUGCAUCCCCCGCACGUGUGAACCCCCGGAUUCCUCCAAUCGCAUCAUGGACCCCAACGACCCCGACGACUACGCACGACCGCAUCAGCCGGCAUGGAUGGAUGCUUUCUCACUACCUCCCUCAUCCGAUCCCCCCCGAAAGCGCCGCUCCAGCGAUGAUCUUCUCAGCGAUCCAACCUUCGAUGUCUCCGUCGACUUCAACUCACAGGAGGGGUUCUACGAGAUGGCAAAGAAGAAGAAGGGUGGCGCCGCGAAACAGUCACUACCUCCCCCGCCACCUCCCGUACCCCCGCCACCUCCUGCCGACGAGGGCAACAAGGAUGGUGCUGGUGGUGAUAGCAAUGGCGGCGAUGCUGCUGGCGGUGCUGGUGGUGGUGGUGACGGUGGGAAUGGCGCUGAUGCCGGCUGGGGAGACUUCGCCACAGCCAAGCCGAAAAAGAAGAAGGGCAAGGACGAACUUGACGUGGGUCUCCCCAGCAUACCUACCGCUGACUUCAGCGCCGACGCUUUCGAUGAAAUCAAGCUGGGAGAUGAUCUUGGAGGGAAACUUGACCUGGGUCUCGGCCCCCCGGACGGCAAGGGAUUUGGCUCAUGGGGCACCAAAUGGAAUUCCGGUGCCGGGGGCGGAGCCGGAGAUGCAGGAGGAGGUGCGGGAGGAGGCAGUGGUUGGGACUGGUCCGGCGCAGGCGGAAACGACCCCAUGACAGCAACAGCCGACGCAAAAAUCGACGAAAGCUCAUGGGGCAUCAACCGCGGAAAACCUAAGAAGGCCGGAAAGUCGAGCCUCUCAUUCGGUGAAUUCGGCGACGUGGAGGAGCACACCGAGGUGGCCAAGCCGGAUGAGAAGGAGGACCCCUGGGGUUUCGGCGCCAAAAAGGACACCAAGAAGAAAAAGGAUCCGAGUAUUUGGGGAUCCGACCCGAUCGAGGAAAAGAAAGACCCAAUUGGCGAGCCUGAUCCAUGGGGUUGGGGUACUUCUAAGAAGAAGCCGCCACCUGAACCAGCGCCAGCGAAGAAGGAGACCGAAGAUAUCUGGGAUACAUGGGGAAUCUCAAAGAAAGACAGGGCGAAGAAGAAGGGCAUUAUGGACGAUGUCUCUGAACCACCGAUGCCCGCACCCGAUCCGCCACCGUCAGAUGACUUGUGGGGUGGCGAUGGCUGGUCUAAGAAGGAUAAGAAGAAAUCUUCAAUCUGGGGCGAAAGCGACGUGCCCGUACCAGCACCAGAUCCACCAACCCAAGACAACGACAAGAACGAGAACGAUGACUUCUGGAACGCCUUUGGUAACAAGAAAAAGAGUCCUGUACCGGAGGUUCAGCCACCGCCAGAGGAGAAAGCUGCAGACGGGUGGUCGGCUUGGGGCCUUGCGAAAAAGGUUGGCAAGAAAUCGACGUCAAUAUUUCCGGAGUUUGGCGACGACAAAGCCGAGGAAGCCCCAAAACCCGGAGAUGACGGCUGGGAUCUGUGGGGAACUGGAAAGAAGAAGAAAAACGAUCUUAUCAGCUUGGACGAGGUCCCUCCCCCUGCCCCUGAACCCGUCGAGUCUUCUGGAGGCGAAGGUGGUGGGUUCUUUAGCUCCUGGGGUCUGGGUAGGAAGAAAAAGGCUCCCGAGCCUGCCCCGUGGAAGCCAAAUGUUAUCGAGGAGCCCAGUGACGAGUUCUGGAACUCCGUUGGUAAGAAGAAAGCCGAUCCCCUACAAUUCCUACAAGACAAUCAUGCCGACCCACUCGCCGAGGUACGGGCAGCUGAAGCACAAGCUGCCAGGGAGGCCGAAGAGAUUGCCGCGCGUCAAGCAGAGGAAGCAGAGGCGGCAGCUGAAGACAAAGAAAUUGCUACCUUGCUCGAAAAGAAAGCCAAACGAGGAGGAAAGCUCCUGAGAAAGGAUACAGAACGGCUGAAUCUCCUUCAAGAAAGCGCUGCGACCAGGGCCGAUGAACGUUCUAUUCGCGAGGCGGAGGAAAAGGCUGCUAGGGAUGCAGAAGAAUUCGUCGCCGCUGAAGCCGCUGCCGCUGCCGCCGCCGAGGAAGCAGCUGCCGCCGAGGCUGUUGCCGCCGAAGCUGCCGCACAAGAAGCUGCCGAUGCCAAAGCAGCCAAAGUCGCCAAGGAAGAGGAGGAAUUCGCAACCCUGACGGCAAAGAAGUUGAAAAAGAAUGGCAAACUGAUCAAGAAAGACCAGGAGCGUCUCAAUGCCCUCCAAUCCAAGUUUGACAAGCGAGCUGAAAAACAAGCUGCCAAGGAUGCUGAAGCCGCUGAGGUCGCUGCCUCCGCCGCCGCGGCUGAGGAGGUUGCGGCUGCGGAGGUUGCCGCGGCUGAUGCUGCCGCGCAAGUGGCUGCUGACGCUGAAGCAGCUACGAUUGCCGAAGAGGAAGAGGAACUUGCCGCCCUGACGAUCAAGAAGAUGAAAAGGAACGGCAAACUACUCAAGAAGGAUCAAGAUCGAUUCAGCAUCCUUUUCGAAGCCUCUGCGAAGAGAGCCGCGGAGCAAAGUGGCAACGACGCCGAGCGAGCUGCUCAGGACGCUGAGGUACAAGCAGCCAAGGAUGCCGAAGAAGCUGCCGCUGAAGCUGCUGCUGCCGAACUUGCUGCUGCCGAAGCUGCCGCCGCCGAGGAGGCCGCCGCCCAGGAGGCAGCAGAGGCUGAAGCCGCAGCUCAGGCAGCAGCUGCUGAUGCCGAGGCCGCCGAACUCGCCAAGGAGGUGGAGGAACUUGAAACCCUGAAAGUGAAGAAAGCGAAAAAUGGCAAGUUGACCAAGAAAGAUACGGCCCGGUUCACGGUCCUCGUCGGCCAAGCCGUGAAACGAGCUCAGGAGAAGGCCACCAAGGAGCGUGAAGAGGCUGCUGCUAAGGAAGCUGAAGAGGCUGCUGCUAAGGAAGCUGAAGAGGCUGCUGCCAAGGAGGCUGAAGAGGCUGCCGCUCGUGAGGUAGAGGAGCAGGGUGCUCGUGAAGCUGCAGAGGCGGCAGCAGCAGAGAUCGCCAAGGAGGACGAGGAACUUGCAGCUUUAACAGCCAAGAAGCUCAAGAAGGGGAAAUUGACCAAGAAGGAUACGGAACGCUUUAACAUCCUCACUGAGAAGGUCACCCUACGAGCAGAAGCUCAAACACCUCAGGAAGUGGAAGAAGUCCCACCAGCAGAGGCAACUGUCGUCGACGAGCCACCACCAGAGGAACCCACCGAGCCUCUAGUCGAAGAGUUGGUAGAAGAGCCCCCAGUGGAGGAUCCUCCAGCAGCAGACCCACCCGCAGAUUCUGAGGAUGUUGUUGUUGAUGAAGCUGCCGCUGCUAAGGAUGCUGCUUUUGCCGAAGAGGAGGCGGAGUUGGCUGCUUUAGUUGCUAAGAAGGCGAAAAGGGGCAAGCUUGGCAAGAAAGAUACGGACCGCUUCAACAUCCUUACUGAAGCUGCAAACCAACGUGCAGAGAUGGCAGCGAAGGAGGCUGCCGCAGCAGAGGCCGCCGCUGCUGAAGCUGCUGCUGCCGCCGAAGCCGCCGCCAUCGCCGAAGCAGAGGCUGCCGCCGCUGUCAUCGCCGAGGAAGAGGCAGAACUAGCUGCCUUGGCUUCUAAGAAGGCGAAGAAAGGCAAACUUACAAAGAAGGACACUGAACGGUUCAAUGUUUUGACUGAGAACGCCCACCAACGUGCUGGGCAAGCAACCAGAGAUGCCCAAGAUCAUGCCGCUGGCGAGGCGGAAGACGUUGCCGCCGAGGCUGCCGCUGCCGCAGAAGCAGAAGAGGCCGCUGCUGCAGCCGAAGCAGCUGCAGUCGAAGCCGCUGCAGCAGAAGAAGCUGCAGCUCAGGAGGCAGCAGAAGCUGCAGAAGCUGCUGCUCGGGAGGCUGAAGCUGCUGCGAAAGAAGCUGAAGCUGCUGCUGUUGCUGAGGAAGAGGCAGAGCUGGCAGCUCUGACUAGUAAGAGGGCAAAGAAAGGCAAGCUUAUCAAGAAGGAUAUUGAUCGUUUCAACAUUCUGACUGAGAACGCUGCGAAACGAGCUGAGGCUGAGGCUGAGGCGAAAGCAUCUCUGGAGGCAGAAGAAGCCGCCGCCGCUGCAGAAGCAGAAGAAGCCGCCGCUGCAGAGGCUGCAGCAGCAGAAGAGGCUGCGGCGGCGGCGGCGGAGAUUGCUGCCGCUGAAGCUGCAGCUGCCGAGGAAGCUGCCGCAAAUGAAGCUGCCGAGGCUGAAGCCGCUACUAUUGCAGCAGAAGAAGCCGAGCUAGCUGCCCUUGAAGCAAAGAAGGAGAGGAAGGGUAAGCUGGGCAGGAAAGAUACAGAUCGUUUCAACAUUCUCACUGAAAACACUGCGGCUCGGGCUGCGAAGGCAGUUGAGGACGAAGCUGCUGCCCAGGCUGCUGUAGCAGCCGCCGAGGAGCAAGCUGCUAAGGAAGCUGAAGAGGCUGCUGCUGCUGAGGCUGCUGAGGCUGAAGCUGCUAUUGUCGCUGAGGAGGAAGAAGAACUAGCGACCCUUGAAGCCAAGAAGGAAAGAAAGGGCAAACUGGGUAGGAAGGACACAGAUCGCUACAAUAUCCUUACCGACAAUGCCGCCCAGAGAGCCCAGAGAAUGGCAGACGAGAAAGCUGCUGCCAGUGCAGCUGCUGAGCCUGAGGACAACGCUCCAGCUGAAGACGACGCCGCCCCUGAGGACGACGCUGCUCCUGAGGACGUCCCCCCAGAGGACGAUGGCGACGAUGCAGAUGUCUUUGAAGAUGCUGAAGAUUCAAUCCGUGAAGAACUCAUUGUUGACGAAGAAACUGCUGCUGUCAAGGAGGAGGCUGCUCGGGAUGCUGCAGAAGCAGAGGCAGAGGCUCUGGCUGCUGAAGAAGCUGCUGCCGCAGAAAUUGCUGCUGCAGAAGCAGCAGAGGCAGAAGCUGCUAUAGCCGCAGAGGAAGAAGCCGAGCUAUCUGCCCUGGAGGCUAAGAAGGUAAAGAAAGGCAGGCUGGGCAAGAAGGAUACAGAUCGCUAUAAUAUCCUGACCGAACACGCCACUCAGAGAGCCGAGCGGGCAGCUGAAUUACAGGCUGCAGUCGAGGCAGAAGAAGCCGCUGCUGCAGAGGCUGCUGCCGCCGAGGAGGCCGCUGCUCAAGAAGCUGCUGAAGCCGAAGAAGCUGCCGCCAAGGAAGCUGCAGAGGCUGAAGCUGCUGCUGCUGAAGCCGAAGAGGAGGCCGAGUUGGGUGCCUUGGAAGCAAAGAAAGUCAAGAAGGGCAGGCUGGGCAAGAAGGAUACAGACAGAUACAACAUCCUUGUCGAUAAUGCCGCCCAGAGAGCCAGACAGAGAGCGGAUGAGCAAGCUGCUAGAGAUGCAGAAGAUGCAGCCGCUGCAGAAGCCGCUGCUGCAGAAGAUGCUGCUGCGGAGGCGGCUGCCGCCGAAGAUGCUGCCGCCGAAGAUGCUGCUGCUGCUGAAGCUGCCGCCGCUGCCGAAGCUGCUGCUGCCGAGGAGGCUGCCGAGGAGGCUGCCGAGGUUGAAGCUGCCGCUGCCGCUCUCGCUGAAGAGGAGGCCGAAUUAGCCGCCUUGGAGGCAAAGAAAGUCAAGAAGGGCAGGCUGGGCAAGAAAGAUACAGACAGAUACAAUAUUCUUAUCGAUAAUGCCGCCCAGAGAGCCAGACAGACAGCGGAUGAACAAGCUGCUAGAGAUGCAGAAGAUGCAGCCGCUGCAGAAGCCGCUGCUGCAGAAGAUGCUGCUGCGGAGGCGGCUGCCGCUGAAGAUGCUGCCGCCGAAGAUGCUGCCGCCGCAGAGGCUGCUGCCGAGGAGGCUGCCGCUGCCGAGGCUGCUGAAGAAGAAGAGCUGGCCACUCUUAUUGCUAAGAAGGAAAAGAAAGGCAAACUUGGUAGGAAAGACACUGAACGCUUCAACCUCCUCACGGAUAAUGCCAACCAAAGAGCUGCGAAGGCCGCGGAAGAACAAGCAGCAAAGGAGGCUGAGGAGGCUGCCGCUGUCGCAGAAGCAGCAGUAGCAGCAGAGGCCGAGGCGGCCGCGGCAGCAGAAGCUGCGGCGGCAGAGGAGGCUGCUGCUAUUGCAAUCGAAGAAGAGGAGCUUUCCGCAUUGUCAGCCAAGAAGGCCAAGAAGGGCAAACUUGGUCGGAAAGAUACGGAAAGGUUCAACAUUCUGACGGACAAUGCUGCUCAGCGUGCUGAGGCGAAGGCCGCCUCCGAAGCAGCAGAGGCCGCUCUUGCAGACGAAGUAGUUGACGCGGACGAAGACCCGGAGCCUGUUCAGGAGGAGGAGGAGGAGGAGGAGGAGGGUGAGGAAGAAACUCCUCCAGAAGAUGAAGAUCCGCCUGGAGAAGAACCUGAAGAAGCAGCUCCCGAGGCUGACGAUGAGUCCGUCGCCGCCGAUGAAGAAGCUGCGGCGAAAGAGGCUGCCGAUGCCGAGGCUGCCGCCAUCGCUGCAGAAGAAGAAGCAGAGCUUGCAGCCCUUUCAGCGAAAAAGGCCAAGAAAGGAAAAUUGGGUCGCAAGGAUACCGAGAGGUUCAAUGUUCUGACCGAGAAUGCGGCCAUACGUGCUGAGGAGCAUGCUGCCAAGGAAGCCGCAGAGGCUGAAGAACCAGCUGAUGAGGAGGAUGAAGAAGUCGAAGCUGUUCAAGACCCUGAAGAAGCCGCCGCUGCUGCUGAAGCUGCUGCCGAAGAAGAAGCUGCUGCUGCUGAAGCUGCCGCCGCUGCCGCCGCUGCCGAAGCUGCUGCUGCUGAGGAGGCUGCCGAGGCCGAAGCUGCUGCUGCCGAAGCUGCAGAAGCAGCAGCUAUUGAAGCCGCUGCCGCUAAGAUUGAGAAAGAAGCGGUCGAACUUGCUGACUUGAAGGCGAAGAAGGUGAGGAAGGGUAAGCUUGGCAGGAAAGAUACCGAGAGGUUUGCCAUCCUCACAGAGAGGGCCGAUAAGCGUGCUGAAGAGCAAGCUGCCAGGGAUGCAGAAGAAGCUGCAGCAGCAAAAGCUGCUGCGGAGGCUGCCGCCGCUGAAGAGGCUGCCGCUGCGGAGGCUGCUGCUGCAGAGGCUGCUGCUGCUGCAGAGGCGGCUGAGGCUGAAGCUGCUGCUCGUAUUGAGGAGGAGGAGGCUGAGCUUGAAAUAUUGAAUGCAAAGAAAGCUAAGAGGGGAAAGCUUGGUAGGAAAGAUAUGGAAAGAUUCAAUAUCCUGUCAGAGAAUGCCUCUAAGCGCGCCGAGGAGCAGGCUGCUGCUGAAGCCGAAGCUGCCGCUGCCGAAGCUGAAGCCGCCGCUAUUGCUGAAGCCGAGGAGCAAGCUGCAUUAGAAGCUGAGGAAGCUGCCGCCGCUGAAGCCGCCGCCGCCGCGGAAGCUGAAGAGAUAGCUGCGCGAGAAGCAGCUGAAGCGGAAGCCGCAGCAAUUGCUGAAGCCGAGGAUGCUGAGCUUGCGACCCUGACAGCCAAGAAGGCAAAGAAGGGCAAGCUUGGCAGGAAAGACACAGAACGGUUCAACAUACUGACCGAAAACGUCGCCCAGCGGGCUGAGGAGGCUGCCGCAAAGGAGGCUGCCGCAAUGGAGGCGGAGACUGAAGCGGAUCCCGAUCUGGAUAUCGACCUCGACCUCGACCCGGACGAGAUUGAAGAAAUCCUCAGGGCUGGAGAGAAGGGUGGAGCUCGGGAUGAAGAUGAAUCAUAUGAGACUCCUGAUGAGGGUGGGGGUGAAGAGGAGGAAGAAGAGGCGGAAGAAGAGGAGGAGGUUGUCGUUGUAGAGGAAGCUGCUGACGAGGAGCCCGCUGGCAAAGAGGAAGUUGAAGAGGACGCGGAGGUCGAUGAAGAGGACGUUGAUGCUGAAGAGGACAUUGCAGAAAAAGCGGUUGUUGAAGAGGAAGAGGAAGAAGACUACGACGAUGAUGACGACGACGACAAGGAGGUCGCCGACAGGGAAGCCCCUGAAGUCGUUGAGGAAGAACCUCCCGCUGAUGAGCCAGAGGAGCCGGAGGAGCCAGCGGAGGAGCCGGAGGAGGAGGAGCCUCAGUUCAUGGAGGUAAUCGAGGCGCCCAGGAGGCUCAAGAAGAGUCGGAAGAGCAAACCCCGACGAGAUGCCGAAGUGCCACCACCCGUUCCCGAUCCGCCAACAGACCCUCCGUUGACACCUCCGCCCGAGCCGAGAUCCUCCAGAAAGGAUCGGCCCAAGUCCAACCGCGAGGGAUCUUCGUGGAACAAGUGGUCUGCCGCUGCCGCCGCAUCCGCUGCCGCUGCCGUCAUCCCGCGCGAGGAGAAGAUGAGGUCCUCCAAGUCAAAGUCCAAAUCCAAGUCAGGCAAGCGAACGGAUAAAGAGGAGAUAGUAUCCUCCAAGGGAUCUUCCUCGGACAAGACCCCAGCACGAACUCGGGUGCCCCCCAUGUUCAGUACGCCGCCCAUCACUCGCCAACCGUCAACGCGUGAGAAGAGGGGCAGCAUGAGCAAUAAGCGCCGCAACUCAGCAUCAGCUCGUGGCCUCGCAUCCCCGCCUCCUGAAGAUGUCCCCGACAAGGCAAGCAAGAUUCUCGGCAUGGACAAGGACAGGUCGAGCAGGAGAAGGUCCCGCAAAACGCGGCCAGAAGAUGAAGAUAUGGAAAUGUCCGGAGCUCUGGAUCCUGGAAGCCCUGAAAAGCCUGAACGCCGGCGGUCAAGACGAUCCCCACCCGAUGAAGAUAUCGUCAUGGUCGAUGCCGACGGCCCUUCCGAAAUCCCUCUCAAGCGCGGCUUAUCGAGCACGAAGAAGGCCGGUUUCACUGGUCUCUUCGCAGGGCUCAGGGCAUCCAAGGCAGACCGUUCUGACCGUCCAGAGCCGCUAAGGCGCCGCAAUACCUACGCAACAACCGAUGACGAGGCCUUGCGCGCUGCACAGAUGGAUGGCGACGCAGAAGUUAUCGAUCCCGAGCGAGAGGCCCGACGCGCCGCCCGCAGAGCUAAGCGGGCUGAACGUGAGGCUGGUGGUCGUGCGGAAGAGGAACCAAGACGUGAUAGAGACGACGCCCGGCGUGAGCGCCACCGACGCCGCGAUACCGAGCCUGAUGCUCGAAGGGAUGAGGGAAGGGAGGCGCGGAAGCAGGAGGAGAGAGAUGCGCGUCGCGCAGAGCGACGGGCUGCUCGUCAACGUGAAGAGGAGGAACGGCAGGUUGAAGAGGACCGUGAGGCUCGGCGAGAGGAGAGGCGUCGUUUGCGGAAAGAGAAGGAAGAGGCUGCAGCCGCCGCAGCAGCAGCGGAGGAAGAGGAGGAGGCCCGCAGGGCCGCCAGACGCGAUCGUCGACGAUCUCGUCAAGUCGACCCCCCCGAAGAAGACCCUGAACGCCGUCGCCGACGUGAGGCCAGAAGGGCAGCCCAAGCGGAGGAGCCCGAGGAGAUCGGGGAGGCCUACCGCCGCGGCAACCGUCGACAGGGCGGCGAGUCAGCUGAUGAAUACGGCAAACGAAGAUCCCGACGGCGUGAGGAGCGAGAGCCCCCAGCAUGGCCGCAUUCUGGAACGUCCUCCUGGGUCAAGGAAGUCUCGGAUGCACCGCCGCCACCGGAGGAAAGCGGCCAGGCCGAGGAUGCUGGAGAGGACGAGCAGGCAGCCCGUGAACGUCGGCGGGCCCGGCGGCGAGGCAAGAUGGGAGAUGGGACACCGGAGGACACGGAUGAUCAGCCGCGGCGACGAGUGAGGCGAGAGGAUCGUGAGAAACGAUCUGACGGAAGCGACGAGCGUUACCAGAGCCGUCGCAGCUCGACGUAUGUCGAGCCCCCGCCGACUCGGACUAGCUGGUGGAGGAAGAUGACAGGAUAAAGAAAGAUCAAGUUUGGGAUAGCAUGGGCGACGGAUACAUGGGAUGUACUACUGAGCGAGCGAGUUUCUGACUGUUUUUUUAAUUGUUU